ACAUUUAGGUCUGGCCUGACAGAUGUCAGUUAACUUGAAGAAGUCUAAAGCAGGAGAAUAUGAUGCUUCAGAAAAUGGUGAAGAAGGCAUUGCCCCUCAACAAAAACCUUUUCAUGAAGAAAAAAGUGAAUCAGGUGAAUCUGAUGAUGGUGAAUCUCUUCAGAGUGAAGAGAAGUUAGAUAGCCCAAAUGUGUUCAGGAAAUUUCAUUUUGCUGAUGAAUCUGGCUCAUUGGAUGUGACAAUCCCAGAGGUAUUGCAUCCCAGUUAUGGAAUGUACACUUGGCCUGGGGCUGUGGUACUUGCACAAUAUAUCUGGCAUAAUCGAGACGAUUUUUAUGGCAAGAAAGUCCUUGAAAUUGGAGCAGGAACUGCACUCCCAGGUAUAGUAGCAGCCAAAUGUGGAGCAUGUGUUACUCUUUCAGAUAAUGAGCUGACUCCCAAGAUCUUGAAGAACUGUGCUCGUAGCUGUGAAGAGAACCAAGUAUCUGAUAGAGUAAAAGUGAUACCUUUGCUUUGGGGAUUGGUAACCCAAUCCUUACUUCAGAUUGAACCAGUUGAUUUCAUCAUUGGCUCAGACUGUUUCUUUGAUCCAAAGGUGUUUGAGGACAUUCUCAUGACUGUAUCUUUUAUAUUGGAGAAGUCCAGUGCUGCAGAAUUUUUAUCUGUCUAUCAGAUCCGUAGUGCAGAUUGGAAUAUACGAGCUUCACUAAGACAAUGGCAGCUGCAAUGUAAGUCAGUGCCUCUCAAAGAUUUUGGUGCAGAUGCAAAUAGUCUUGCUGACUCAGACCUCCCUGGGAAUCAUUCAUUUGAAUUUUUGAGAAUCAAUACAAUCAGGAAUCGGUGA